AUGUCGUCUUCCUUUCUAGCCGCCAGCGACAGGCGAAGUUCACCGCAGAGAGAGACUGGAACAAGUUCCAUCAGCCCCGGAACCUUCUACUGGCUUUGGUCGGGGAAGUGGGGGAGGUGGCAGAGCUCUUCCAGUGGCAGGGGGAAGUCUCGGAAGGCCUCCCCGAUUGGUCGCAGUCUCAGCGGGAGUCCCUCUCUCAUGAACUGAGUGACGUCCUCAUCUACCUGCUGGAACUGGCAGAGAAGUGCCACGUGGAUCUGCCACGUGCCGUCCUCGCCAAGAUGGAGCUGAAUGCCAAGAAGUAUCCUGCUGCCCGGGUGCAGGGGAGUGCCAAGAAAUAUACGGAGUAUGGCGCUGCGGAGAACGGAGCCGCCAGCAGUCCCAGCCAAUAG